CUCUGAUUUUUAUUUCCUCUCGUGUUUUUACUUCCUGUUUUCAAAGGGAGUCACACAGCUCAGGUUGUUAAAUUUUAACUUCAGUCGAGUUCUCGUUUUGUUAGUGUCGGUCUUUCAUACUCUUUAAAAGAAUAAUACAUCUUGAAAUCCUUUGCUUGCGUCUUUGAUUAGCUAGGAAUACAGCAAUGCUCGAGUCGUUUUUAGCGAGGCCCCUCAUGGAUUUCACGUAGUACCAUAUAUUUAUUACUUUCAUUUAAACGGGAUUUUUAAAAAAAAAAAUUUUAAAAGCACUUUUUCCUCUCCGUUUUUUAUUGCCAGCGUGCCUGUAGAACUACCCUAGUAUAUUUUUACAUUCUCUCUCUUAUUGUCUGUGUAAGUUGUGUUUUAUUAUUAUUAUUAUUAUUAUUAUUAUUAUUAUUAUUAUUAUUAUUUAGUGCCACUGCUGUUUGGGUUAUUUCUUCUUUUUAAACCAUGUCUGACUUUCAGCGCCCAACGUUUUGCUGUUGUCGGAAAGUUUUAUCGAUCCCCAACAACAAAAGCGAGAACAGUAUGCCGGCGAUGGGGCAGUCUCCCCCCGUGGACAUCGCCUCGGCUUCCAACUUCCACAGCUUCACCCUCCGGCAUUUCCAUCUCAGUCUGCAGCUCAAUUUCAGGGAUAAAGAAAUGACGGGCCGCCAGGUACUGGAGCUGUGCUCGACCAAGCCGGACACACAGACACUGGUUCUGGACACGCACCAGUCCCUGCUCAUCCAUUCCAUAGACUGCAAGGUCCACAGCGCCAGCGGAGACCAAGUCUGCACGUCCCUGACCUACCGGGUCGACCCGUUCACCGACUACGGCUCCUCGCUCACCAUCUCCCUGCCCGCCGCCAUCCGACCACAGCACACUUUCCAGAUUAUCAUUCGCUACAAGACCACCGACGGACCGGCUAUCUGGUGGCUGGACUCAGAGCUGACGUGUGGAAACUCCAAGCCGUUUGUCUUCACGCAGGGACACUCUGUCUGCAACCGCUCCUUCUUCCCCUGCUUUGACACGCCCGCUGUGAAGUGCACCUACUCUGCCACUGUGCGGGUACCAGAGGGGGUGCAGGUUCUGAUGAGUGCCACCCGCAGUGCAUACAGCGCCCACGAGAAGGCAUUCCAGUUCCACAUGGAGUACCCCGUCCCUGCAUACCUCGUGGCGCUGGUGGCUGGGGACCUCACGCCCGCUGACAUCGGGCCGCGGAGUCGGAUCUGGGCGGAGCCGUGCCUCCUGAACGCAGCGGUCAGUAAGCUGAGCGGUCUGGUGGAGCGCUGGCUCACCGUUGCGGAGAGCCUGUUUGGACCCUACGUGUGGGGAAGGUAUGACAUCGUGUUCCUGCCGCCCUCGUUCCCCAUCGUUGCCAUGGAGAACCCGUGCCUCACCUUCAUCAUCUCAUCCAUCCUCGAGAGCAGCGAGUUCCUGGUGAUUGACGUCAUCCACGAGAUCGCGCACGGCUGGUUCGGCAACGCCGUCACCAAUGCCACGUGGGAGGAGAUGUGGCUGAGCGAGGGCCUGGCCACAUACGCACAGAGACGCAUCACCACCGAGGCCUACGGCUCUGCCUUCACCUGUCUGGAGACAGUGUUUCGUCUGGACGCGCUGCACAGACAGAUGAGGCUGCUGGGAGAUAAUAACCCUGUCAGCAAGCUGCAAGUCAAGUUUGAGCCAGGUGUGAACCCCAGCAGUCUGAUGAACCUGUUCACCUAUGAGAAGGGCUACUGCUUCGUGUCCUACCUCUCCCAGCUGUGCGGAGACACCAAGCGCUUCGACUCCUUCCUCAGGGCCUACAUUGAGAAGUUCAAGUUCACCAGCGUGGUGGCUCAUGACCUGCUGGAGUUCUUCCUGGGCUUCUUCCCGGAGCUCAAGGAGCGCUGCGUGGCCAACCGAGAGGGUCUGGAGUUCGAGCGCUGGCUGAAUGCCUGUGGCCCCCCCCUGGCUGAGCCGGACCUCUCUCAGGGGGGCAGCCUGACGGAGCCGGUGGAGUCUCUGUUCCGGCUGUGGACCUCGGAGCCGCUGGACUCGGCUGCCAUCGCACAGCAAGACCUCUCCACCUGGAGGACCUUCCAGACCGUGCUCUUCCUGGACAAGCUGCUGGACCACUCGCCUCUCUCACACGAGGUGAUGACACGGCUGUCCCGCAGUUACUCCACGCUGCUCGACUCGAUGAACGCAGAGGUUCGGAUCCGCUGGCUGCAGAUCGUGGUGCGGAACAGCUACUACCCUGACCUGUGCAAAGUGAGGCGCUUCCUGGAGAGCCACACGUCACGAAUGUACACGGUGCCGCUGUACGAGGACCUGUGUGGCGGCACCAUGAAGUCCUUCGCUGUGGAGGUGUUCUGCCAGACGCAGGCCAGGCUGCACAUCAACCUGCGCAGGACAGUGCAGCAGAUCCUGGCUCAGACCUUCAGCGCCUUUGUGACAGUCCCCACGGCCCCCCCCUCUGGAGACCGGCCUCCCGACACCGCCAUCGCACUCAGGGACGUCAACGUGUUGGCGUGAGACACAGUCGCCAGGGAGUGUCCAGGAGAUCCGUGCAGGGCGCUGGGGGUCCCGGAAAGGAACAGGACGUGGAAUUCGGAGUCCAGGGGUGCACUUCAUACAGCAGCGCUGACCAGCCUCGAGUCUGUACUGCUGCCGCCUCGAUCUGCUGUUCACAACGAGCACUCUCCCCGCAGACCGGUGUGUUUGGGGAGAGCAUACAUUGACUAUCUGAGCUGCUUUCCUGAUAGUAGGCGAGUUGUGAGCGCUGUGUGCAAUACGUGUCUCUGCGGUGCGGGUGUAUUUUGAAGUGUGUCACGGAUUUCACAUCCCCCACCCUGCCCCCCAUCAAUAUGCAGACCCUGUUCGUGAAAACCGAAAGACUAAACUAGUCUUGAGCGGCAUGGGAUGUGUUCUGAUCCCUGGGGGAGGUGGACUUUCUGCAAACCUGGUUCUCUAAGUGAAUACAGAUUGCAGAUUCCUAGUUAGGAAACAGUAUCACAAUUGCAAUAUAAUUAUACUAUGGUUUAAAAAAAAAAAAAAAAAAAAGAACUUGUUGAGGACUACAGUUAAUUGAAACCUAAAUGCCACCCUUUGUUUUGAGUUUUUUUUUGUAUUUAUUGGUGAUCAGAAGUUUUAGAACUGUAUAAAAUAUUUUUUAGAGACAAUAUGAAGAGCCUGGCUCAACCCUCGAACUGGUGCUGGAGGAAACCAUUGCUCCCUGUCUCUUUCAUGCCUCUGGGUCAGAAGGGAUAGGGCUGUGGUCAAUCAAUCAGGGAGUCCACAAACCCUUUAAAACCAGUGCCUGGGUUUGCCCCGCUCCUGUCAAACACCCUGUCCUUCAGUUAAAAACCCCCUCCAAUCCCCCAUGCAUAGCUGUUCUUGAAGCCACACCCACAUUCUGCACCCAGCACCCCUCACCCAGCGCCACUGCACCCAGCACCCCUCACACACAUUCUGCACCCAGCACCCCUCACCCAGCGCCACUGCACCCAGCACCCCUCACCCAGCGCCACUGCACCCAGCACCCCUCACACACAUUCUGCACCCAGCACCCCUCACACACAUUCUGCACCCAGCACCCCUCACCCAGCGCCACUGCACCCAGCACCCCUCACACAAAUCUUUUUUUUUUUGCCCUCCAUUGCCUCUUCUCUUAUAAAGGACCACACUCACUGCCUCUACAAAUGUUUUCUCUGUGGGGGGGGGAGGUAUGGCGCUUUUUAAAACAAGGGAGGGAGGUGUGAGAGAGGUUCCUGAUAAGGGGUCUUGUUAAAAGCUGCGAGAUAUUUGCACAAAAUGAGACACUAGUGUAUUUUAUUUCUUUUGUAUAAAAGACUGAGAAGCGAAAGUGUUCUAAUUGGAGAGAAGUUGUUUGUGAAGUGAUAUGUUUUUGUUCUUGUUAAAGCCGGAAGCCUUGCCUUGCUGAGCAUCAGAACCACAGUGCUUCACAUUGAGGGGGGAGAUUCUACCUGCUUUAAUACAUUGCAGACCUCAGCAGUGACUUGUACUGUAACAGACACCCCUUUUUAUUGAGUCAGAUCGCAGUAAAAUGGCUUCAUUACAACAUUAA